AGUAAACCUGUCAGGGCCUGCUGUUCUCCCUCACUUCAGAUUUUCUAUGGCUUUUCUAUAGCAGAGAACAAUCAUCACUUAUAACAAAAGACUCCACGUCAUGGGCAUUUAUACAUAAGUAUCUCAAUAGUACUAUUUUUGCGACAAAACAGAUGAAUGAUCAUUCUGGAGUUAUGUACGGAGGGCAAUGGUUGGCAUCCCUGAGUCCUAUUUCUAUAAUGAUGGUGUAUUCUGUAUGGAGGAGGAUAUUAGCUCUCCUGUGAAAUUCGGGCUAACAGUUGCUCCAAUUCAUGAAACAAAUACGUUAUGUAGAGUGUGUACAGAUAUCAUAUGUGUAUUGCUUAACCAGUCUUUUAUUCUGGAUAUUGAUUUGGAUACUUUUUCCACUCAAAACCCACUUUCUAAUAAGUUUACAGAGGAACAAUUCGAAAUUAUCGAUCGCUUGUAUGCUCCACCUCCACCGCUUACUUUGUGUUUGUCUCCGAAAGAUUUGGAAGAUCCAGCCGUUAUUGUGGCUCAUGGUAUGAGCAGUGCUCAUGUUCUAAAUGCUGCUCGAAAACGUCAACUAACACGUCUUUCACAAUGGAUUUCUUGCUGGGAUCGUGGAACAAUUCCGUCAACUGAAGAUUUUCUUCUAUUUCCGUAUGAAUUAAUGGAGUUUUCUCGAUUAAUCCUCUCUCUGACUGAACAGAAAUUUAGUUCUACUGUCUUAAGAGCAGUUAAAAAAACUCUAGAUUUAGCUUACAAGCAAACUACUCAUAACAAAAAUCCGCCAUUGAUUUCACUCGGUUCCGAUGAUGAAACCAUUCAAAAUGCUUUAAAAUUCACUAAGGGCCCUGAUUCCAACCUGACCAGCAGCUUACUUUUGGACCAAAACACCUCGGAAAGUAAAGAUUCUUCAUUUGUAUCGGAUUACACUAGCUUUAUACCAAUGAAACGUCGUUCCAGUAGUCCUGGCAGUGUAUAUACAGAUUCAAAAUCAAAACUUCGUUCAUCCGAACCAUUUGUAACAUUUAAUAAUACGAGUCCGGCUGAAGUUGAUGAAAAUUGUCAAUCGUCAAACACUUCUCAGUAUUCUAUGGAAGUAGAUGAUGCGGAUACUUGUAAUCAUAAUGGUUUAAAUGAAAAUCGUAGUUUAAAAGUAGUUUUAACUAAAUUGGAAUCAAAUCCAAACACAUCUUGUAUAAUUGAUGAUGACAAUGAGGGUGGUGAUGUUCUAAGUGUUCAACAAUCUGCUCCUCCUCUAUCAAAUAAAUAUAAUGAAGAAAAUCUGAAUUUUAUGCAUUACUUAUGGUCCGGGUGCGCAGAUCAAAAAUACAAUGCAUUGCCACAUUCUAUAACCACUCCUAAAGAACAGAAUGAGUUAUGUGAGCAAAUGGAAGGUUUGUUAAAUCGUUUACACAAUCCUUGUAUGAUUACGAUUGCUAGAUCUGUGUAUGAUGGUUAUACUCCUACUGAUCAAGUAUCUACCAUACAACUCGGUUUAUUACAAAUGCUUGAUCGUGUUUAUGGGCGUAAUUUGCUUUCAGUCACUUUAGAUUACGAAAAAACAGUAAAACAAGAGAAUACAUUAACAAGAGGAAGAACAUGUGAAAAAGUAUCGACCUUCACUGAAGGAGCACGGAAAAGUGAAAUGAGGUGUGGAUGAAUUAAUUGCUCGUGAUCUAAAAUAGAAAGGGAACUAAUUAUCACAUUUAUUUCACUUAAUAAUUUUAAGGUAUUCCACAUCACUACUCAUAGGAACAGUUAGUUUGGUUCCAUUGACACAGAUAUCAUUUAUUGAUCUUCAUGUGGAUACAGUUCGCAAAAAUACAUCAAUAUGUUGAUAGACAAAAAUAAUGUCAAAACUGAAAUAGAUGUGAUAUUGUCACAUUUCAUAGCUGUACAACUAGAGGAAGCCAGCUAAAAAAAACGAAGGAACUAAAAUGAUUGUUCCCAUAGGAAUAUGAAAUUAAAAGUGGGAUAAUUUACAGUUAAAAAGAAACAGAAAAAAGGAGUUAGAGAAGUAUGAAGUAAUACUUCAUAUGAGAUUCGAAGAAAAAUAUCUUCAGUGUAACAGGCGAUUUUCAGUCGUAUAAUGUAAACUUCUUGAAUGUGAAUCAAAAUUAUACAAACUGAGAUCAAGAAGUACACAUCUCCACUUACAAACUGUUAUAGCUUGUCAGUCGAAUGCUGCCUGUGAUAUCUGGUCGUCGCUGAUUGUUGUGUCGGAAACGCUUAUCACCUAUACUCGGAACGAGGACCUCUGCGAUUCCCACGACGCGAAAGUAAGAACACAAAGUCUGGUAUAAGUGAAGAUUUAUUAACCCCAAAACACGACGACGACCCUAGUCGAAAAUACACUCAUUUAUAUAUUGAUUGUACACACUUUGAUUAACAAUUAAGAUGAAACCACAUAUAUGAAAAAUACUUAGUUAUAAAAAAUCACAUACUGAGCAUAGUUCAUGUCAAUGGAAUAUAAGAAUAUCGCAUAUUAUACAGAAUAAGAUGUCAUACGAGAAAAGAAAACAAAUAAUACAUUCAGUAAUCAUUACAUUGAAUCAAAACGGAAGUAAUGUUGAACAAAACUCAUAGUGAGUUAAUCAAUCGAAAAUUGACUUUUCUUUCCUUCUUAUCACCUUCCCUUCUUUUUCUUGAAGACUCUAUGUUGAGAUCCAUCUUUAAAUUUUAUGACUUCACAAACCGGAACAACAGUCAAGGGCUAUGUCUAUCCAUACUUUAUCUUGAUAUAGUUUCAAAUGACAUCCUACAUAUUUUUACGCUGACAAGUAUAGUUCAGUAGGUUGAUUGUUCCAUAUGUGUUAACCGUUCUAAUUUGCAAAAAUCUCACAAUCUCAUUAACGGAAUAUCUCUUACUUUAACCCAAUAUUGUAUAAACAACUUCACUGCUGUUCCGUCGAUACUCGUAUUGUACGCGAUAUGGAUGAAUGCACACAGUACUUAUACACAUCAAGUUAGUUAUUUGAAUAGAAAAAUAUUAACACUUACACGUGUCUUUCACUGACCUUUUUUGUAAAGGUAUUUACCAUCUUAACCGAUUAAUCACGAAGUACUGUUUCGCAUGAAUUAUCAUUCUCUAAAUUCUCCUCUUGAAAUAAAAACAAAAGAAACUUCUGUUGUAUGAGUAAUCACCAAUACAGAACAUUUAUAAUGGUGAUUUGGCUUUUAGCUGUUAUAUCUGUCUGAUUGAAUAACAUUUCAUUCGGUAUACCUCAGAAGAUUUAAAGAUCAAUUCAAUUUUCACUAUUUGAUUCAUCCGGAACAGUCGUGAUUGACUGAUAUAUUUACAUGUUGAAGAAAAUGGAGUUAAGUAUUAAAAAUUACGAUUCUGUUCUCCUGAGUAUUGCUUUUUUCAGUUGCUUAUUUAGAGGAAUAAGCGCAAGCCACAAAAUGUUUUUUGGGCACAUUAAUUAAUUUGUAUCUAAAAUAUUCAUUUCGGAACUCUACUUUUUGGCUGUAUCAUUGUCCAGUUUGAUCUAUUUUCUCGUACUUAAUGGAUUUGUCUAUUUUAACGACAACGAAUUCUAUGCACUUCAUGUUGGAGAAGGUGGACUUUUUAGCGCCCCCAAAUGUCCUGGUACGACCGAGAGCGGGGAGAGUCCACUCUCCCUCUCGAAAUGCUCUCACACGGGCAUGCGUAUAUAGCCUCUACCAGAGAAGUCCUGCUCACUGCCUUCUCGUGGCGGGGGUGUUGUUUACGGAAUUGAAAGGACGAAAAUCGAAUGUCCAUAGCUUUAAGCGGGUUGGCGGACAUGGAGAGUCCACCUAGUGGAGUUGGAAAACCCUAAUUCCAAACCCAUGGUGCACAUGGCUCCAGUACUCUGAGGGAACAAAUAGCAUAUGAACCAAUCGUUGGUCACCAGCUACCAUGGGACUGGAUCUCCUUGCGAUACUCCACUGUCUUGUGGAUCAGACCUUUAGGUCGAAGGUUCCGGGUGUGACUUCCUAAGAAAAUCACCUGCUUUGGUCUGGGCACCCGGGUAGUAUCACAGCCCUCACGCAAACCAAAUGAGAUUUGUGUGGCGCGUAUGUAUUUGGUGCCCUCUUCUACCAAUAUCUAUGUGUUAAAAUAAAUAAAUAAUAAAUAAAAAUUUCUAGCGCGAGAUUCUGGUUCAUAGUAAUAGAUGUAAAUACAAAAUCUAAGUUUUCAUUUUCGUAUUAAUAAUGUCUUCUAGUUAAGGGUAUAUACUUUCAGCAUCUGAGACCAUAAUAUGUAUGUUUAAGCAAUCAAGUCUGUCUCUUUCACCCCCAUCUUAAAUGUUUGGUUGUACUGAUCCUCGAUUAUUCUUAACCAAUUCCAAUUUUUAAUAGAGUAUGACCAUGUACAUUAUAUAAAGUAAUUCCUAUUUUCACUCGACUAAAGUAUAGCGUCAAUAAAUACAAUAAAGGAUAGAAAUAUGAUCCAUUUAGCUUUCUUGAAUACUACUUAUAUAAUUUUGAUGUUUUACCUCAAAUAUAUUAAGUAUCAAAAGUCUGUUACUUACAAUGUGAUUUACAUCUGCACUCCAGUCAAAAAGUGCUCCAAAACAUUCACUUAUAAACAGGUAGGUCUUUGGUUAUCAGUAAAAAUGCAUUUCUCAAAAAUACUACUAUUCUGAUACCAUAUAGGUCGUUUGGCUUAAAUUUGUGAAUUGUGGUAAUAACGAUGUCCAUUUGAGAAAUCUGAAGUCCAUUCAGUUCCAAAGUUGAUUUUGAUACAUACAACCAAUUAAAUUACAGUAUGUAAAAUAUUAUUGUUUGCUAGCCAGUAAUCUGCGCAUCUGUCUACUAAUUUUAAAUAAUUCAAUAGAGUUUGUGAUGUGACUUAAUUUAUUGCCGAAACUCCUAUAUUAGAAAGGCAUCAAGUUUUGAACUAUUUCUCAUUUUUGGAUUAUCAAUUUGUUUUCUAAUUUAGUAAAUUAAAAGUUCAAUGUUAACUUGGAAGUAUAUUUUAGUGAUGUUUAUUACAAUAAUUUUAGCUAGAAAUCUUUGCGUAUACUAAUAUUUAUAUACGUAUCUAGUGAUUCUUUUUUCUGCAUCGUUUCAGUGCUGAAAGUGACAUAGAAACACUGAAUACAAUGGGAUUUCAUAUCGUUACUCCAGAAGAAUUUCGAAUGGGUGGUCGUCGUAUAUCACCGAUGUCGUGCCUCGCAAGAUCUGAAGGCACUAGUGUUGCUUAUCGUACCGAACCCGGUCGAAAAGAAAUAGUUUGAUCUUAUUUUUCAAUCUGAACUGUCCUUCAGAGUUCCAUAAACAUUCGAAAAACCUGAUAUUUUAAUGGUUUCAUUAUUUUCAAAUGAACUUAUUUGGAUUUCUUUGGACGAUUCACUCUAUAAAUUAAACGUACUUGUUUUGUUUACUCCCAUGCAUGAAAUUGGACGUGGGUGAAAAUAGACAGUUCUCCAGAUUCUGAAAUAAAUGGGGAUGUCUGUUUCAAGGUUUUUCAUCAUGAUCUCGAUAUUAUCUAUACUCAUCCUACUUUAUUUCAUGUAACGUUCACCUGGUGUUGUAAUCUCUGAACGUGGCGUCAUUAAACAAAACGUUUCCGUCAUUGAGACGAAUGGACUAAUGAUACUUUAUUAACAGAGAAAAUGUUUGUCACUCCCAGGACUACAAGUGACCUUUAGUUCUCAUGCUCUACGCCCAAUAUUUCUGUUAUAAUGUCCAUAGGAAUUAUCUCUAUUCCAUAAGAGUAAUUCCAUAUUAUAUUGAUUUGGUCCAUAGUUGGACCGAAAUCCCCUAAAUUUUGUCAGAAUAGGGAGUAUGUACGGCUUCUUCACCUCACAUUACUUGUCGGCCAAUGAAACUUGAUUCUACAGUGUUAUAUAUACUCCAAUGAUUAUGGAUGAGAUAGGAGCCUUGGCGUAAUGUGUUUUUAUGUGUAGUAGCAAUUUUUGGACGGUGCGUAUACGUAGUGUAGUAGAUAUGUAAGUUAGCCAGAAGCACUUCUGAGAUUUUGUGAUAUGUUAAGUUUUCAGGAUUAAAUCGUGACUAAAUGCAUUCCAAUAACAGAAUACAAUUUUAGAUAGCUAGGAUCUAAAACACAUAAUUCUUGUUUAAUAACCAUACUCCUGCAAGAGGUAGGUUGUGUGUAUCGUUUGUAACGCCCUGGAAGUUAUUUACUGUAGUCUAGUCAGCUCUCAUUGGCUUCAAUCUACCCUAUUUAAGUUUCCUUUGGGUCCUCUAUGUCAUUAGAGUGGGAGUAUUCCAGAAGACACUUGGAAGUAGUAUUUUUAAAACUUAAAAUAAUGAGUUGUUGUACUGGGCCCGAAUGGGUGUCUAUUAGUUCUUGUAUUAUGAUAAACUAAGUUAAUCGCCCUGACCUUAAGUAGAUCACUGUUCAAAAUAUACUUGAAUUCAGUCGGUCAACGAUAAAUGGGUGCAUAUCUAUGUGAGCUUAUUGAUAAUGUGUGUGGCCAGUCCUAUCUCAGGCUUUUAGAGUAGUGAAUGUUAAGCCUACACAAUUACAUCGAAGGAUUGUGGUCCACCUUUGGUAGCCCUGAUGCAGCACUUUCGAAAACAUCAUUAGGGUUUCUGACAGUUGUGCAUGUUCCGUUUGUAAGCAGUAAGACUUUGGGGGUACACAGUAUAUCCCCUUCGACGUUUGUACUUUACGCGUUCCAUCCAUCUCAUACCUUGGAUCUUUUGCAGUCGGGACUGUUGUUCAUAGGUAGGGAGGUUGUAUAUCACAUAAACAUGCAAACACGGCUGUCGGAAGGUUCGUUAUUAGUAGAGAACCCUCACUAAGACUAAACUAUUGAGACGCGUAUCGAUAACAGGUAGUCGCAUGGAUUGUUCUGUCAUCCUACACGGUACUGUUUAGUCUGGUUCACGUAUGGUAAGAAGAGUUAUCGCUAUUUAUCUCGAGCGUAUGUUAUGUCAUCCGUUUUUGAAUAUCAGUGUGGUGUGCGUUGGCUCCAAAUUAUCUGUUACCGCGGCUUUGUUCCGGAAGUGAGAACAGCAUGCUAAGGAUUGCUGCAAGAAGUGAGACUGUUGUACAGUAGGGUGAAUCACGUUCAAGCCAGGAGGUCUGUUCUCAUCAAGAUGCCGUAGUUUAAAGGUGGACCAGUUACAUACAUAUAUUAAUUAAUUCCCAGUGAGCAUAUAUAUUACUUUGUCAACAAGCUAAUAAUUCUACACUCAUUAGAUUGUCUUUUUGGGUUCAUCAAAUUCAAGCGUAAAUUCUAGCUAUCAUGAUGUUCAGGAAACCUAUAUACCUAAAGCUUUCUGGGUGACAAGUCUACGCUAUCUUCAAUCACGGUUCACUAAGGAGAUUGUUGGUUCUGGUUCAGUCUUUUCACUUCCAGUUGUGCAUUAUUAUUUGUCUGCAUUCAUAAGAAUUUUGCGUAAUGGUCGAUUAUUGUCACCGGAAAUGCCUUGCGAACCGCGAUUAUUACAAAUAGUGCUAGGAAUAUGCUUUAACUCGUAUCUCUACCUACUGAACAACCUCUAGGUGUAGAAUACAUAAAGGCUUUCUUUAAUGUGACAAACGUGUGAUAUGAAUCCUUGAUAUUAUUUAUAUAGUUAACUGUCAUCUUUUUUCAUGUGCGUCCCUAAAUAUGCAUUUGUUUGCACACGUGUAACUGCCGACCUAUUUAUCUCAUAUCUUUUUGAGUAUAUAAAUAUUCACUCGUGAGUGCGUACUUCGAUUAUGUUAUAUGUUACACUCAUAAAGUAUUUGUACAUUUACUCUUUCGGUCUGUCUUUAUGUCAAUACGUGAAAAAUAUCAGAUUUACACAUUAUUAUGUUACGAAGAUUGGUUUAAGAACGAGAAAUGAAAUUAAAGAGAGAUCUGUGCUUCAAAGACACGAUGGGUUACUAAAAAUAAUUUUGAACUUAAAGUGUCAUUUAUGGAAUUUUCACUCCCAAACAUCAUAAACUGGGUCCAUUCAGAGUUAUAUUUGUAAGUGCGGCAAACAUUUACGAAGUUUCAUUUUAAGAUAUCACUAAUUAAAGUGUCAUCGGAUUAGGUACAUUUAGAAGUGCUCGCAUAUCACCUUCAGAAUUUACAGUGAGUCAUAUAAUGUGACAGGCUUUAACAUCGGGGGACUAGCGAAGUUAACACGACAGAUUGAUUGGUUGGAAUUAAAGCAUUAAACAAAUUUCCAGAAACUACAUGGCUCUGUAGGUCCUCGACAUUGAAGCUGGGUGCGUUUGUUUUAUCGGACUCACCUAGCUCAGGACACUCGGUAACUCAUCCGCACCACAUCACGAGUGGGUAGGUCGAUCUGUGCAUCCAUCUCAACUAUUAUUCAGCUCAGACCAAACUUUCCUCGACAAGCCGAUAGCCUUUCAAAUAUAUCUUCGAACUCCUAUAUUUCCGACCUCUGGUCUGACUGAGUUGGAAUGUUUCGAUGAUAAAGGAUUUACUGGUAAAGGUGUUGUCAAACUCCAAAUACUUGUGGCGUUUUUAGUGGUGCGUUCGACGUGAUCUGGUGUACCGACUCGUGAACUGCGAGUUUGUUAUUCGUCGGAACUUCACAUAUACUUUUUUAACUUUUAUUUUUGCAUACUGUUUCCAUAUUUUGAAUACUUUUUCUCGUUCGUUGGUAUACUUCUUCAACAGGUGCGUUCAGUGCUUGUCUCAUUUUAAAAAACGCUGUAGACGAACUGGUCACAGUUACCGAUCGGUUCCUAGAGGUCACCUGAACCCCCAACUUCAAGGCUUUUUCUUUCGAAGUAAGGCCCCAAGCAAUACGAAACGACAUCACAAAUUCCUAACGCAGUCUGACUCGUAAUGUCGAUGUUUGUCAUAAUCGUAAACGCUCUGAAACCAUAAAAAGUAUAAAUCUUCUCGGAAUUGCAGAAAAUUGCAGUUUCCAUGUAUGGUAAUUGAUAUGUUUAUCUUAAAUUGGGUUUACGCAAGCUCAGGACUGUAAGAAUUUUCGCGCACAUCUUUCGGUUUAAAAAUACGGCACAAACUUUCCAGGGACUCAUCGAUGGUGUCUUUGGACGUCUCAACUUGGUAUACGUGUGUGUAGAUGGCUUUGUAGCGUGGCGUCGAGUUGAGAUUAACUAUGAACACCGC